AUGGCGGCACCACAAGAUCAGUACGGUCAGGGUUAUCCUGCCCCAGAUCCAUAUGCUCAACAAAGUCCCUCUCAACCUGGCUUUGGCACAUCAUCUCCACCACCCCCAGGAGGACAACCCGAGGAAGUCGGAGGAAAGAAGAAAAAGAGAGGCUACGCGGCGCAAGCCUACGACUUUGGAGCGGGAGCGAAUUCAGCGUUAGGAGGUCAGCAACAAGGCGGCGGGCAAUUUCAACAACCAGGAGGACCACCUGCGCCAGCAUACGCUGGAGGAUACGCAGCACCACAAGAGAAUGCGUAUGGAGGUGCCCAGUACGGAGCUCCAGCUGCAGUACCGGCUGUGGGAGCUCCAGGAGUGCCAUAUGGCGCUGAGCAACCACAGUAUGGUGGCGGUGUGGGAUAUCAACCUCCCGCUGCAGGUUAUCCAGGUCCUGGUGCUCCGGCUCAAACAUAUGGAAUGGAUCCAGCCGCUGGUGGUGUUGCCGGAAUCACGCAGGGAAUGGGUCAAAUGGGCGUGGGAGGUCAACCUCCAGCUCAAGCACAACAAGCAGCUGGCCGACCAGCUGUGUUGAACCAAUUAUACCCCACCGACCUCCUCAAUCAACCUUUCAACGUUGCUGAACUAGAUUUACCUCCUCCUCCAAUCAUCCUACCUCCUAAUUCGAGUGUCACACCCUCCCCGGAUGCGAACUGUCCACCAAAAUACGUCCGAUCGACGCUGAACGCCGUUCCCACAACACACUCUUUGCUGAAGAAGUCAAAACUACCUUUCGCCCUUGUCAUUCAACCAUAUACGUCCCUCCAUGAUGUGGAUGACCCUGUGCCAAUCGUUCAAGAUCAAGUUAUUUCUCGUUGUCGAAGAUGUCGGUCAUACAUCAAUCCAUAUGUUACAUUCCUAGACCAUGGGCAUCGGUGGCGGUGUAAUAUGUGUAACCUCACCAACGAUGUUCCCCAAGCAUUUGAUUGGGAUGCUGCGGCGCAGAAGAGUGUGGAUCGCUGGCAAAGACCAGAGUUGAACCACGCCGUUGUAGAAUUCGUCGCGCCCCAGGAGUAUAUGGUUCGACCGCCACAGCCACUUGUCUACUUAUUUUUGUUCGACGUCAGCUAUGCCUCUGUUUCUUGUGGUCUGCUUGCCACAAGUGCGCGAACAAUUUUGGACAGUUUGAACAGGAUACCUAAUGCCGACCGAAGAACGAGGGUGGGAUUUAUGGCCGUCGACUCCAGUCUGCAUUACUUCGCUGUUCCAAAGGAUACGGAUGAAAAUGGAGAAACCAAUAUGCUCGUAGUCAGUGAUUUGGAUGAACCAUUCUUGCCUAUUCCACAAGAACUGCUUGUCCCAUUAUCCGAAAGCCGUCUGAGUGUGGAGAAAUUCUUGACUUCACUGCCAGCAAUGUUCCAAGCAAAUCAAAAUGGCGGAUCAUGUAUGGGUUCGGCACUGAGAGCAGGUCACAAAUUAAUCUCACCACUUGGUGGAAAGAUUGUCGUCAUCACAGCAACUCUACCAAACGUCGGCUACGGCAAGCUAGAAAUGCGAGAAGACAAGAAACUUUUAGGAACUUCAAAGGAGAGUGGACUCCUCCAGACCGGCAACAGCUUCUACAAGAGUUUUGCUGUCGAAUGCUCGAAGAACCAAGUCUCCAUCGAUAUGUUUCUCUUCUCAUCACAAUAUCAAGAUGUUGCGUCCCUCAGCAAUUUGCCAAGAUAUACUGGAGGUCAAACUUACUUCUAUCCUGGGUGGAAUGCCGGAAGAAGCGAAGAUGCCAUCAAGUUUGCUACUGAGUUCAGCGAUUAUCUCUCUGCGGAAAUCGGUCUCGAGGCUGUUCUUCGCGUUCGUGCUACGACCGGUCUUCGAAUGAGCACGUUUUAUGGCAACUUCUUCAAUCGAAGCUCAGAUCUUUGUGCAUUCCCUGCAUUUCCAAGAGACCAGAGUUACGUUGUUGAAGUCGCUAUUGAUGAGAGCUUGACGAAGAAUUUUGUCUGUAUGCAAACCGCUGUUCUACAUACAACAAGCAACGGAGAAAGACGAAUUCGGGUUAUGACUCUUUCAUUGCCUACAACUACCAAUCUUGCGGAUGUUUACGCAUCAGCGGAUCAGUGUGCCAUCACCACGUUUUUCAGCCACAAGGCAGUUGAACGAGCACUCAGCGGUGGUCUUGAACCCGCCAGAGAAGCGCUUCAGUCAAAACUUAUUGAACUUCUCCAGACGUUCAAGAAGGAAUUGGCUGGUGGAAACAUGGGCAGUGGCGGUCUUCAAUUCCCAGCCAAUCUUCGAGGACUGCCUGUUCUUUUCCUCGGUUUAAUCAAGAACGUUGGUCUUCGAAAAUCAGCUCAGAUCCCAUCGGAUCUUCGAUCAGCGGCGCUUUGCCAGUUGUCAACUUUACCUAUGCCACUGAUGAUGCAAUAUAUCUACCCACGUCUAUACUCACUGCACGAUAUGCCUGACAAUGCGGGUAUUCCUGAUCCGGAAACCAGCCAGAUUGUGCUGCCCCCUCCUCACAAUCUGUCUUCCGAGCGCUUGGUACCAUACGGCUUAUAUCUUAUUGACGAUGGGCAGACACAAUUUCUCUGGGUUGGUCGGGAUGCUGUACCACAAUUACUUGCCGAUGUUUUCGAUGUUGCAGAUCGAACCAAACUCAAGGUUGGCAAGAGCUCGCUACCUGAACUCGACAACGAUUUCAACGAACGCGUCCGUGCGGUGAUAGCAAAAAGUCGGGAUUACAGAUCGCGGGGUGUUGGCAGCAUUAUUGUGCCGCAUCUGUAUAUCAUUAGGGAGGAUGGCGAUCCAAGUUUGAAGCUUUGGGCCCAGACACUUUUGGUUGAAGAUCGGGCAGACCAGGGGAUGAGCUUUCAGCAGUUUAUGGGCACGUUACGAGAGAAGGUCGUUCAGUAA